UAUGUGGGGUCCAUCGUAGCCACCUAUACCUAUUUGUCUCCUCCACCUCCCUCCUACACCGCUUUUAACCGUCUCAUCGAAAACGAAACACCCCUCUCUCCUCUCCACUGUCCACUCUUCACUCUCAGUGGUUGUUCUUUACUUUGCUUCUACUCUAAGUCUGGUUCGAGAUUUCACCGCUCGCACAUUCACGUAUCGGAUCUUUAUCCAGAUCGACGGUUAUCUGUUAUCGGCUGCAGGCAAAAAAUGUCCGUGAAAGUUGCAAAUAGUUAAAAUCUUGUCCAGGUUACGGCGACGGAAUACAUACUCAGAACUCUCUAACAAAAUGGGAUUCAGCAGUAUAGGCUUUCAAAAGAGUUCAAAAGAUCAGCAGAAUUCCAAGAUAGUGAAGGAUGCGGUUCUUUCAACCCAUGCAACGCAGAGUAUAAAGCAUCAAGAGAAGUUAAAAGCAACAAGUUGCAUUAGUAAGCCAUAUGAUGAUCUGCCCCAUGAACUAAGAGAACAUACAAAUGCUGGGAUCAUGGUCCAACAAAAGGCUGCAGUGAAUUGCCAGCAGCUGUCUGUCAUGGUAAGAGCCACAAAAGAUGAUGAACUUGUCAAGCAUAUGUCAAAUUUGCCUGGUUAUCUACAGCGCGUGGAGAAAACAGAAAACAUCCAGGAUAAGGCUUUAAAUGUUGGGGUCUUGGAUUGGUCUCGUUUAGAGAACUGGAAAUACAGCAAAAAGGGCACCCCAAUGAGAGGAGGCAAUAAUGCAUCCUUGCCUAGCAGUAACUUGUCAACUAGAACAACUGCAAGGACGUCUACCUUUCAUGGUCAAGCCCAUGAUGGGACUCUUGCAUAUCAAACCAAGCAGCGUCCUUCUCCUCCUUGUAGAAAUAAUUCUUCUCAAAAUGAUGGCAUUUCUCGAGAUGGCAAAUCAUCUGUCCAGAAUGCUACACUCUUUAAGGAUGUGGCAGAUGCUUCCAAGAGUCAUUUUGACGGACAGAAGAAGGCAUUAUGGAGCCACAAGUCUUUUGAUGGAAAUAGUUCAGAUAUGACUUUCGAGAAGGGAAGAAGAAGAGAGUUGCAAGAUAAAAUGACUUCAAAAGUUCAGAAUCUGUCCUUCAACUCUAGACAUAAUGGGAUGCCAAUUGGGCCCAAAGAAAGUGUGAAUGCCUGUGGUGGAGAAGGCAAGCAGAGAGUUGAGGAGAUGCAAGAAAUGUAUUCAAAAAGAAAAGCUCUGGAACAGAAGAUUACAUCAGGCAUGGGCGCUUCAUCAUCAAAGCUGAAAAUUUAUGAUGUUUCACCUCCUGCAAAGGGAAAGAGGAAUGUUGAUAGCAGUGGAAUGAAGAAAAGAAUGGAGCAGCAACAAUCAACUACGUAUCUUUCUUCUCAAUAUCAAGCUGAUGAGAAGAAAAAAAUUGUUCUCCUUUUUCCCAAAAAAUCUUCCCACAAUAGCUUACAAGAGCAACCAACAUCGUCCUUUGAUGGGGAUGUAGCAGAAGCAAAUCAAAAUACCUUGUCAGAUGGCUUUUCUGACAAGUUGUACUCUUCAGAACUCAAUUAUGAGAUUCCUCAUUCAUGUCCACUGCCUUCUAGAGCAGAGAUUAACAUUGAACGGCGGGAGAUGGCACCUGAUGCAAUCAAUACUCGGGAUGCAGAGCUGUCAUCCAAUACAAUAAACAGUAUCAAGUCUUCAAAUGGAAAUCUAGUUGAAACGUCAAAGAUAUUGGACCAAGAUGCACCAGAAGUGGCAGCUAAAAAGGGCAGACAUCCCUCACCAAAUCGCCGAUUUAGCUUCAGCUUAGGUCAGAUGACCAGAAGUUUUAGCUUCAAGGAGAGCUCAACUGUCCCACAGUUGAGUUCCACUUAUGUUUCUGUGAAGUCUGGUCCAGUGAUAUCCGAAGCUUCUGCUGGUUUGGAUAAUACAAACAGAGAGAAAGCAAGUUGCCAUAGAGCUAGAUCCAGCCCUUUAAGAAGGUUAUUGGAUCCGCUACUUAGGUCCAAGGGUUUAACUCCAAACUAUUCUGCUGAAGCUGAUCAACCAUUCAAAGGAAGCCUCAAUUCCUGCAGUUUUAAGCCAAUUAAAGCUACUGAUUCGCUUCAAAAUGAAAAGUGUGAGGCAUCAAAUAUACAGGCUCACGUGUUGCUUACAAUGAAGAAUGGACUUCCUUUUUUCAGAUUUGUAAGCAAUAACAACAGCAUUAUUGUUGCAGCCCCUGUGAAAACUUUAAUGUCACCUGAGAAGAAUGAUCAGGGCUGCAACUAUGCAUUGUAUACCAUUGAAGAAAUCAAGAAAAAAAGCAGCAGCUUGAUAAGUAAAGUUAGCAAAGAGAGAAGUUGUGGCUUUGUUUACAAUGUGGUUGGCCAGAUGAAGGUUAACAGCUCUUCUUUGUUGGAUUUGUCUGAACAGAACUCGAGCACCCAGUAUAUGGUAAAAGAAUCCGUUUUGUAUGGCGAUGAGCAAAGACAGACAGCACAGGUUUCACCAAAGUUAAUGCCAAACACAGAGCUUGCAGCUAUUGUUGUCAAAAUGCCUAGUGGAAGCAUAGGCUUUGACAUAGAUAAGCAAGAGACUGAGAAAGAAAAAAAUAUCAUGGAAAAGGGAUUCUCAAACCUGCAAGAGAAUGAACACAAUAAUAACUGUACAGUCAUACUUCCCGGUGGUGUUCAUAGUUUGCCAGCCACAGGAGUUCCUUCACCAUUGAUUCAUCGAUGGAGAUCUGGUGGAUCAUGUGAUUGCGGAGGUUGGGAUGUUGGUUGUGAACUCCGUAUUCUAUCCACUGAAAUAAAACAUAAGAAGCUUCCAAGGACGUCCAAUACUUCCCUGACAUUGAAUCCAUUUGAACUUUUCCUUCAGGGAGAAGCACAAGAUAAUCCUAUCUUCAGCAUGCUACCAAUUGAGAAGGGAAUAUACUCAAUCGAGUUCAGUCCAUCAAUUUCAUUGGUACAGGCGUUCUUCAUUUGUGUCACAGUUAUAAGCUGCCAGAAAUCAUCUGAUCUUGCUGAACAGAUAAACAUGUCUAAAGAAAAAUUUCUUCAGGAAUGCAGAAAUACAGAUGAUGGAAUGAAGAAGAUCCGCACCACUGUCCUUGGAGAAGCACCUGUUAAAUACACUCCAUGUCCACCUGUUUCACCUGUUGGAAGGGUCUAGCUUGAGGUCAGGACGAGCUUUUAAAACAUGGAUCCUGAUGUAGCAGAAAGUCAUCUUUGGCUGCCAUAAUUUUGUAUCAGUUGCGUCACAUUAUCAACAUCCCCCUUGUAUACAGAAAAUAAUGCCACCAAAUGUACACCUCACAAAUUAAGAGAAUGCAGUUUUAAGAACGUUAAAAUUUUUAGUUCAAAA